AUGCAUAAGAAAUCUGUAAUUUAGACUGAAAGAGCAAAUAGUGCAGCAUUUACUAAGACUUAAAUUAGCACAUAAUAAAAAUUAACAUUUAUGACAUAGGCAUAAAAAACAGAGAAUUUGUAUAAUAAAUUUGAUUAAUAUUUUUAAGAUUAAAUGAAAUUGUUGAAUAGGAAUGUCCACUCUAUACAUAAUAUAAGUAGAAAAACAAUAAAAAUCCAAUAAUGAAAAUUAGAGAAUUUAAAAAGCCGUAGAUUGAUCCAGUUGAUCAUACAGAUUAUAAUAACUUUUAAAAAAUGAAAAACAACUUUGUAAAAGAAUAUAAAGAGAAAUUAGAUAAUUAUUUUGAUAAAAAUAUAAGAUAUGAUCGAAGAUUUUUUAAAAUAUAUCACAGAAAAGAUUAAAUUUACUUUAAACAUAAAAAUCCUUCUUAAAAAUAAAUUGAAAAUCCAGAGGUUACGGAUAUGAUGAAUUACAAUUAAAUUCUUUAGAUGAAUUAAUAAUAAACUUAGCGUGCUAAUUUUAAUAAAUAAUAAGAGAAAAGAAGAAGAGAGCUAAAAUUAGAAGAAAAAGAAGAAAAAGAAUAUAUUAAAUUAAUAAUGGAUAAAUUUUUAAAGGAAGAAUAAAAGUAUUUUAAUUAAUUGAGUAAUUUGGAAGAAUAAGGAUAAUAAAUGUUUUACGAAAAAGUAUAAUUAAGAAAUAAGUAUACACAUGAUUAUAUAAAAAAUCCACAAAGAGAAUUUGUUGAGGGAAAGGACCUUAUAAUAAAUAAAGGUAUUUAAGUACCAGAAUAUAUGAAUUCUUCAGUUGUUAGUGAUGCUGGAUCAUAAUUUUAAUCUUAACCUACUAUAGGUUAAGCAAAUAUGCCUUUUUCUAGUGCAUUUUCGAGUUUUCAAUAACUCCCAUCUUUUAAGAAUGUAUUACAUAGAAUGAAUUCAAAUGUGUUAUAUUAAUUGCCUAUUCCAUAGAUUUAGGAAUAUGAUCUAUAACCAGGAGAAUAAAUAAAGAAACCAUCAACAUAUUAAACAUAAUAGAUUUUAGAUUUUUAAAGAUUAAUUACUUUAAAUGAGAAAAUUGAAUUUACAUUUAGAAUAGUUAGUGAGCCUUAAUUAUUGAAUUUAGUAGAUUCAAAUGGUAAUACAUUGUUACAUUUCGCAGCUUUAAAAGAGAGAAAUGGAAUAGCAAAGUUUUUAUUAUUAAAAGGUAUUGAUUAUAAAAGGAGAGAUAAUAAAGGAAGAACAGCUUUAGAUAUAGCAAUUAAAUAAAAGAAUUAAAGUUUAAUUGAUUAUAUAAAUCGAAUAAACAAGAGAGGUUUAAAAGAACUGAAUUGA